GUUUUGUACCUGUGGCGCAUCUAAAAGCUGCAGGACGGCGGCCCUUCAGGACUGGAGUUUGACACCCUGGCUUAGAGUAUCAAUUAUGYCGCAUGAACUGAUCAGUAGAUUAUUGCGAGGAAACGCAAAAGAAAAAAAAUCCCCAUGUCCCCUGGAGGCCUCCGUAUAACCCACGUCAGUCCAUGACCCACGUGACUUCCGCAUUUCUUUCCAAAGUAGCGUUACAGCUAGCACCGCUUAUGUUAUAGAAAUGGUUUCAUUAAUGGUCACUUUGUUCUGGACUCUGUGUAUCAGCUCAGUUUCUGCUGAAGAUGAAGCAAAGGUCACAGCUAAACCUGGAGAAGACGUCAUUCUGCCAUGUAGAUCUGCUGAGAACAAACCUGUCAUCGUUGUACAGUGGAGGAGACCUGAUCUGGGGUCACAAUAUGUUCUUCUGUACAGAGACAAUCGACUUGAUCCAGGAAACCAGUAUCCAUCUUACAGGAACUGGGUCAGUCUGCAAGACAGACAGAUGAAGGAUGGAGACGUGUCUUUGGUUCUGAAGGACGUAGCAACUACUGAUGCUGGAAGAUAUCAGUGUCGAGUCCAGAAUGAAGGAAGCUUUGAGAGGAAACUGAUCAGCACCGUCCAGCUGGAAGUCCUUCCUCCUGAUGAGAAAAACAUCACAGCUAAACCUGGAGAAAAUGUCACUCUGCCAUGUAGAGCUGCUGGCAGUACUGCUGUUAUUGCUGUGGAGUGGAGAAGAGCUGAUCUGGGCUCAGGAUAUGUUCUUUGGUACAGAGACGGUCAAAUUAAUCCAGGAAACCAGAACCUGUCUUAUCAGAACCGGGUGGAUCUGCUGGACAGACAGAUGAAGGACAGAGACGUGUCUCUGGUUCUGAAGAACCUGAUGACUAACGAUACGGGACUAUAUCAGUGUCUAGUCCAGAACGAAAGAAGUUCUGAUAAAAAACUGAUCAGCAUCGUCCAGCUGAAUGUUCUUCCUAAAGGAGGUGAAGAUGGAGGAAACAGGAAAGCUGGUGACCAAGAUGGAUCUGUUGGAAUAAUAGUUGUUUUGAUCUCAGUUGUUCUUGCUGCUGCUGUUCUUGGUGUUUUACUUCUAAUCUGUAGAAAAAAACAAGCUUGCUUUAGGAAGGAAACAUCAGAUCCUCCAGUUCAUCUGUAGAUCUAUGUACAAUUGAUCAAACUUCUAUAAUCAAUCAUGACCAGAUUAUUAUGAAAAUAGCCUUACCUGUAAAGCAAUUAUGGUCUAUAAAGCUUAAAUCUUAAAUUUUCAUUGCAUUUCCUUUUUAUAUAAUUUAAAUCUCAAAUAAUCAAUUUUCAAAAUCAAAAUAUUUCAUCAGGGUGUGCUACAUGAAGUUGAUCUCAUUUUAACAUAUCAGGUAUUUAUCUUCUAUUUAUAAUUUACAAUCUGUUCCCAAUGAUCUGCCCUGUCCUGUCUGAGGACAGUUUGGCCAUGAACCUUUGAAACAUGUUCUGGUUUAUGUUUAUUUUUAUCAGUUUUUAUUUGCUUUGUAUGCUGUUUUUUAAACAUUAUAUUGAUAUAGGACUUUUGUGUGUGUUAUGUUUUAAUGUGAAUUUUUGUUUUAACUUAUUUAACUGCAGAGCAGCUCAGUCCUGUUCCAGUUAAUUUUUUAUAAAAGAAAUCACACUGGGUUGGGAUUUUAGCCUUAAAGUGUUUUAAACGUCUGUAUUUUCUCUGAGUGGAAGUGAUCAGGUCACUCAGGACACGUGUUGGUACCUGGUGGACUGAGUCUAAAAUACUGAGUCGGAUAUGAAGAACAAUCGGAUCAAUACCUAAUGAAGUAUUUUGUUCCUUUUUGGUCUUUUCUGUUUUAGAUUUGUGUUAAUUCAAACCAAAGCAGUGUUUUUACAUCAGUUUUUUCUGAACUCAUGUUUUUACACACAGUGCUUAGAAUGUUUACUGUUCUCCAUCAGUUUGUGCCUUUAUUGUUUCAUUUCCAAUUAACUUAUACAUCUUUGAACAUCAUUGUAAAUAUUAUAAACAUGGUUAAUAAUCCAGUAAAGGCUGUUUACCUUCACUUACUCUGCUUCCUGCAUGACUCGCAUUUAACCAAAUGUUUUAAUCUUCUCUGAGUGGAUCUGCUGUAAAGUCAGCUCAUAAAAUAACUCACAAAACUCCCAGGUUGUUUCAGGUGAAUCUUCAGAAAAAACUGACUUAGACUAUCGGUUUCUAAACAGAAAAACUGAUUAUCUGUUUGUGAACUGAUUCUAAAUCAGUUCAUAAGAUGUUUCACUGUUUCAGUAUUAUUGUUGCUUCUGAAUACAGACUGUUGGCACUCGGGUCUGAAGGAAAUGUUGGCCUGAAGGUCUUUUCUGCUUGUUUACUAGGAACCAAUUAGCUGUUGCUAUGACAACAGCUAAUUGGUUCCUGGGCUGCACAUCAUAAAAACAAAGUAACUGAUUUCUCCAGACUGACUGAUCUGCUGUUAAUCAUGAAUUUUUUAUUGUUUGUGUUGCUGAUCUUUUGAGAGGAAAGUUAAUGUUUUCUACUGAAUCACCUCAAUCUUUUUCUUACCCAGUCAAUUUUAUGAUUUCUUGAAUUUGUAUCUUGUAUAAUGUUCUAAAUCUGAUGCCUUAUUCUAGAGUUUGGCUGUU